UACGGCUUUUCGAUUUUAUUUUUGCUCUAAUACUAAUUAUUGUUUUAACACAAGAAUAUAAACUCAAAGAUUGUAAGAAAACUCUUUUUUAUUAACUUAAGAAAAUCACUCAAAAUUUAAAUUCUCACAAAUCAAUCUUUAAACUAAUAAGUUAUGUUACAAGUUAACAUCUCUUUAUAUAGAUAUAUGAAACUCCUAAUCUCUUUAAACUUAGUAUCUCCAAAAGCUCCCUUAUAACUUCAAAUAUAAGAUUUUGUUCAUUCCAAAAACAACCUUAAAAUCUUUAAACAGUGAAACCUCAAAUAUAAGGUUUAACUAUACAAAACUUUAUAUUUAAGGUUACUUACUUUUCUACUCCUUUUACUUGUGCAAUUUUCAAAUAAUAUUAAUAAUUUUCUUAUUUAAUAAUUUUAGUCCUUUUUAAUACAAAAUAUUUAAUUAAUAAUACAACAAAUACUAUACAAAGUUUAAAUAAUGUUAUUAGAUGAUAUAAUAACAGUGUGCAUUAUUAUGAAUAUAAGCGUGAUAUCAACGUACAAUUAGAGAUGCAAAAAUUGACGUCAGUUUUACAUAUUGAAAUGACAAUAAACCAGAAUGUUCGUUUACAAAAAUAUUUAAUAUAAAAAAUUAAAAAAAAAUGUGGGAAACUCAGCAUGGUUGGUGAAAAGUCAUUAUCUUUGUAUGUAUAUUGUAUACUAUACGAUCUUUUGGGUUGUUUCUCCCAUAGACGAUCACAAUCAUCUUCCUCCAAUCGUUCCAGCAAAAAAAAGAAUGGCCGAGUCUGCAAGCAGAAACUUUUCAAAAAAGCUCAUCGAAAUUGAUAUAAGCUCGGAUACGGUGUGUCCCUGGUGCUUUGUGGGGAAGAAGAAUCUUGACAAAGCCAUUGAUGCAUCUAAAGAUCAAUACAACUUUGAGAUUCGAUGGCAUCCUUUUUUCCUCGAUGCAUCUGCACCCAAAUAAGGUGUGAACAAGAAAGAAUUUUAUAGACAAAAGUUUGGAAGCAGAGUUGAAGCAAUGUUCCGAAGAAUGUCUGAGAUCUUCAAAGGUAUUGGGUUAGAGUAUGACACAUCCGGUCUCACUGGCAACACUCUGGAUAGUCAUAGACUCAUACAUUAUACGGGGAAACAAGCGCCGGAUAAACAACAUAGCCUUGUUGAAGAGUUGUGUCUUGGUUACUUCACGCAGGGAAAGUACAUAGGGGACAGGGAGUUUCUGGCUGAGACGGCAAAAAAGCUUGGCAUAGACGGAGCAGAAGUAUUCCUCUCAGAUCCCAGCAAUGGAACCACAGAGGUAAAAGAAGAGCUGGAGAAGUAUUCGCAGAAUAUCACUGGGGUUCCAUAUUACACUAUCAACGGGAAGGUGAAACUGAGCGGUGCACAGCCGCCUGAGACAUUCCAGAGUGCGUUUGAAGCAGCUUCUUCUUAAAACCUAAAAACAGUUAACUUAAGUGGAGAUUAUGUAUGCUCUGUCUGUAGUUUGAGCUUCUGUGUUCCAACUUUUGAAGAGCUUAAUGUAAUAAUGAAUACAUGUUUGGUCUUUGAUGGUUUUGUCUAAACAACAUUUAAAGUUACUUUUAAAUAACAUUCUACUUCUUCUUGCUCUGACUUCUGAAAUGCAAAAGAUCAUUUCUUCUAGUAAGGUCUACAGGAAAUCAUGUCCUACGUAAGAUAUUGUUGAGAGAUUCAAUUUUUUUGUUUCAACUCAAAUAAUCUUGUUGGAGAUGAAUGUAAAAGAUAAUGUCAAUAAAUUUAAGAGAAAUCACACUUUUUCAUAUUUACUGUAACGGCAUCUGGAUAUUCAGAAUUUCAUAGAAGAUUUAUGUACAAGUGAUUUGUCUCUGAAUUAUGCAAAGACUCACUGCCUUUUCUUCUUCCCUUAGCCAAUUUCAUCAUAUGCCAUUGCCAUCACAUGCAACAAUUAGAUUGUACACUUUAGUGUCUAUGAAGGAUAUUGAUGGAAUAUUCGACCAUAUCCCAAGUGUUGAAACAUUGUCGAAAGCAACAAGUUACCUUUCCACAGACAUGACAUGUUUCACUUCUCUCCAUCCAUUCAUAAUUUACAUAAAUACAGCUAAGCUGGAAAUGGUGAGAACACUUGGUAAAUUAUCUUUCGAUUUAUCUGGUGUGUAAUCUGCACAUGCAAGCUUACUAAAAAUCCACACUCAAAGUUUGCUACACAAGCAACCUAAUCCUCUGCUUCAAAAUUCACUAGAGUUCUCUUAGUGGCCUAAUUGCUCAGACUAGUAACCUAACCCACUCUUACUGAUGUGGUAAUAAGCAUAAAGAGAUGUAUACAAACUGAUUCAAAGAGUUAUUUUUAAUUUAACCAUGAAGGCAGGUUAGGAAAAUAUCCUCAUCAUCUGAAUCUGCAUAAGAAAGCUCUAUCUCUAGGAUCAUUUUCGAUGUUUCAUUGGUGGGUGAAUCUUUCGAAUACGCUUUUUUAGAACCACCUUCGUAGACUUUCUUUGUUACACACCACCUAAAACUUCAGAUCUCAUUUCAGUAUCACCUCUUAAGAGUUCUGCUUCUUCACCUGAAUGGCUCGAGCCCUUAGCAAAAAGGAACUACCUCAGCAUGGUAAGGCGACGGCCUUGGAAGAGAAUGAUACAAAUCAGAGAGAGAUGAGUCAUCAAGUGAAACUGUGGAACUCAUCAUCACUGAAGCAGCCUCAACAGUUGAAGGUAUUGGAUGCAUCCCACCUUUGUUAAAUACUGAUGCAUACUUCAAAAACACAUACAAAAACAAAAGUAAGCUUCCUAAAUUUUGCAAUAUAAGAGUGAGACAAAGAUAUAAACUUGCAAUACGUUUUGAACGAACAUACCAAACCAAUGAAAUUGUGGAGGAGGCAGUUACGGCAUGGACAGUUCCUAGACAUGGAAGUAUCUGGAUUCACAUAAGUUUCAUAAUUGACACCACCAUGCUAAGGGUAUGCAAACACGAUGAUGUGUUAUUUGAAAGACGUCGUAUUGAUUAAGUAGGUGAUGAGUUACAAAAGAGUUUGGUCGAAAAGAAAGAGAAAAUAACAAGGUUUCCAGCAAAAACAAAUAAUCAAAGAUAAACCUACUUCUACCCUACCUGUCUGUCUUCCCUCUGAUUUUCUGAAUGAUUUUUCUCUUGUGUCUUCUUUUUUCUUUAUAUUCACAAAAUCCUGAUUUUUCUUUAUAUAGUUUGAUCUGAUCUAAUCUAAUCGGUUGGCCGAGUUGUUUUGGACUGAAUUAUUUUUGAUUUACCAGUUGAGAAUAGACCAAACUCAUGGACUUCGUUAAAGGUGGUGUUUUUAAAAUCAGACCGGAAGUUGAAUCGAAUAAUUUUUGGGUCACGAUUCAAUAUAGUUUGAUCGGGUCAAACCUGAUUCAGUAAUCUGGUUUAAUAUAUUUUUAGUGUUUAAAUUUAAAAGUAAUGUUAAUAAAUAUGAUACAUAAUUAAAAUAUAAAUGAAACAUUAUAAAUGUAAAUUAGUUUUAUGUUUAUAUGAAUGGUUUAUAGGUUUUUAAUUGUUUUAAUGUUUUUAUCAAUUUAAUUACUUUGAGAUUCAAUCCAGUUACGUGACCGGUUCAUGGUCAAACCAAUUAUUAGAUCCAACCCAGCUAUGUAACCGGUUCAUGGUCAAAUCCGGUUCAACUAUCAGGUUGGUCUGGUUUUAAAAACACUGGUUAAAGGGUACAAUUUAUCUCCAACAAAUAUGUACAUUUCUACAAAUUCACCCAAUAAAUUAACACAUCUAUACUAUACUAAAAGGGAUAUAUGAGCAUCAGCCAGCCUAUCCACGUCACCUAUUAAAUUCCUCCAAUCACAACAUUUCAUUAAAACACGUCACGGCCUUGAGUUUAUUGAGUUGAUCUACGGCUUUACCUCUUCGUCUUCUUCGCUUGAUACCACAGUGAUUCAGUUUACUUGAUCCACUUCUGCAUAAUCAAUACUCCACUACAUCUUCCUCAAUCACCACCACCACCACACGACGACCCGUUUGUUCGCCGUCCCAACAUCACAACCACCACCACACGACCGUUCGUUCGCCGUCCCAGCAUCACCACCACCACCACCACACAACCACGGGAUGGAGGAAGCAAGGCAAGGCAGGUAUGGCGGCUGGAGUGGAAGAUGACGGCUUCAGAUUCAGGAAGAGGAAGCUGACGGCGAGUUGGUGAGGAGGCGACGAGAUUAGGUCUAGAUGGAUGUGCGUUUGCCUCAUCUCUGCAACUUGCCUCUCAAAUCCCAGUGGUUUCAGAUGUGGAGAUAUAUAAAUAUCAAAACUCAUUUACUUACAAAAAAAAAAAGGUCGCAUAGAAAAGGAAGAAAAGAAUUUCGAGUUUAAGGUUUCUGCUGUGGAACCUCUCAAUGGCUUUCAGACCAUGUCAGGUGAUUCUAAGACGACGGAUCUGCGAUCACCUUCACUUGCUCAAAAAAACGCUUCCCUACAAUGUGGUUUUUGUCAAGCCGGAGCCAACGCGCCAGACAUCUCCAUGCCCUGGACAAGGCCAUCAAACUUUACGUCCUGCCGGAGAAACAUCACAUGACACUGCCAGAGAGUUGGAACCAUCACACGCCUUGGAGGAAGACGGUGGUAAUGGAGAGUCAAACGCAAACACUGGUGGCUUUGGUAUGGGGAGGUCCUAAGAUGUGUCUGAGGAAGAAGGAUGAAUCUCUGUUCCAUAUAAGGAGAUCCCGGAUAACUGGUCUGAGUCUGUUGAUAUUCAGUCAUUACGUCUCUGGAUCGCUCCUUUGUGUUUACUGGGGAGCAGAUUCAGAUCCUUGCAGUUGCAUGCUUAUCUGAGAGUAAACGGGACGCCGAGAUUAUCACCCCUUUUAAAGUUGCUGAGGUGAUGAACAAAACUUUACAGAGAAAUCUCUCUGACAAUGGGACGAGUACACCAUCAGGGAAUGGGGAAUUGAGCCCUGAUGGUCAGUUUGCAACUCAGAACGGUUUGAUGUGUGUUUUGCUUCUCUUCUUCAGCUAUGGUUUUUAGGACGACGUUUUCGGAAAGUACGGGAAUGCAAAUGCCUGGACCUUUUCGGUUAUCUUCCUCUUACUGCCCUCACCGAGAGUAAGAUUUGAGCUCUUCUUUCAAACUGGUAUUUCAGCGACACCCUUUGACUCCGUCAGUUUUUAUCUCUUACAAGUUUUAUGUUUGCAUGGAGGUCUUUCACUUUCUCUGAAUACACUUGAUAAUAUCCGGAGCUUGGAUUGGCUACAGGAGGUAUUACCUUCUACUUUUCUUCUGCCUAACUCCUUAUUUCUGAUUGGAUUUGAAGAGUUAUGAAUUGUUGAUGGGCCUCACCCUCCUCUCGCUCUCUUAACGUUCAAGUGCUAACUUUCAAAAUUAGUAUAAGGUUGUUUUCUGAAAGAGCAAAAGAAUAUCUUAUUGGUAAUAUUCUAUUUGAACUAUGUCUAGGUGCCACACCACGGACCAAUGUGUGAUUUACUAUGGUCCCCAUGAUCAAUGUGGGUUGGUUAUACAUUUGGACAGCUCAAUUCAAUGUUAACAAUGGACUCAAUCUCAUAUCAAGAGCACAUCAAGCUUCUCAUGGAAGGUUUUAACUGGUGGCAGGUGUGUAUGUUCAUUUCAAUUGCUCAGGCCUCUAACAAAGGUAUGAUUGUCUCUCAAACUUUUUAUGCAACAUUGAAUUGCUACCUGUGUGGAAACUUUGCAGCGAUUCUAGAGAUAAGAGAAUGAUUCAGGGCUCUAACAAGGGUAUGAUUAUGAAUUUUGUCCAGUUUGAUCCAGCUCCUCUACAAGCCGAAAUACCACCGUUCCUAAAACCUAUACAACGGCAUCUGCUCAGCAUCUACAAUGGAAUCGUGAUGGGUUUUACUAAUCACAACCGAGAGCUUUCUUAAUGUUUAUUAUGGUAUGUUGCUAACCUCAAAUUUCAAUAAUAUCCAAGCAGAAGCUGCAGGUUUUUAAAAAGGA